AGUUUACAGUCGUAAACAUCAUAGUUUAUUUCAUGUGAGCGACUGUCGUUUAUAGCUUUUGUAUUACGUUUAAAGUCAGUUUAAAGGAAUGGUUCAGUAAUAAAGAAGAUUUAUUUUUGUUAUUUUCAUUAUCAUAUGAACGUUUAAUUUUAGUAAACGUUUAAUGGUUGGAUUGAUAAUUAUUUAGAUACGAUUGAAAGAUUAGUAAAAUGCGUAAAUAAUUAGGUAAAAACUGUUUACACAUGGAAAUAGUGUUAUAAAUUUGUAAGAGUACGAGGAACUUAAUCUUGUGUUAUAACAAAAUAACUGUUAUACAAAACAAAGUAUAUUCAUAUGUAUAUAGUUUGUAAAAUAGUGUGAAACAAUAUUGAGGACUAGCUAACUUAUAAAUGAGCAUUUCGUGCACCUUGGUUUGUCAUUUAUCUACAAUAGUCGGAGAUUUUGCUAGGUAAUAAAACAUUUUGCCAUAUAAACAUAAUAAUAUGUAAAAGCGAAAAAGAUCGGAAAAAAUAGACUAUUGAGAAAUAAAUUCAAUUGAAAUUCAUCACUUAUCCAUUUUGAAAUUGAUACAAACUGUUUAAACAAGUGUUUAGAGUCAUAUAAUGACCUGUGAAUAUUAUCAUUGAGAUAUUCUUGUUUGGAGUCCAAGAAAUUUAGAAACAUAUCAGAAAAAGAAGACGUAUCUGUGUGAUUAUAUCUGAAAUGGCUAUGUAUAGUAGCGUGUUGAACGUUGGUCGAAGGCGAAGUCGGACUGAUGAGAAGCUUGAAAUUUUUGAAGCAAGACUGUUAAGACGUAGCAGGUCACAUCUUGAUAAUGUUAAAGCAAUAAGAGUUAGAAGCAAGAUCUUUUGCCAAAAUCGGUACCGGCAGAAUAUCCAGGGAGAGUCGGGAGAUGCAAAACACGGUCAAGAAUCUAGCGACCAAGAUUCUCUGAGUGAUGGCGAACUAAAUGAGCGUACGAAGAAAGAAUUGAUACGAAUGACUGAUGAUACAAAAUCUGAUAAAACCGAUAAAAGCAAUGAUGAAGAAAUAGUGGAAGAAAGCAAACAAGUAAUAAAUGACGAUAUUGUGAACACCAAUAAAGAAUCUGCGGAACUAAGUAAAGAUUCAAAUGAAGUUAACCGGGAAGCAAUAGAUGACAAAGCCGCCGCAAGGAAUGAUGUGGACGAAGUAUUUUAUGACAUUUCAUCGAUAAGUCUAGGUGAAAAACCAACGUCAUUUGAUCAACAGAACAUGCAGAAUGAAGAAAACGUUUCGCAAGUGCCUUACCUGGGGAAACCUGUGAACACACAAACACUGCCGGCGUCUGAGAACAUACCCUCACCGACACCGUCCGAGGAGGACCCGCCUUCACCGCCUCCAAGACGUCCUAUAAGAGACCAUUCCCGAAGGCCCCGGAGUCAGUAUGGUAAUCAACCAUCCUCAUCUAGAAAUUAUACUGAAAAGAUCGCCACUGAUUCCCAUCAGAAUGGUAGUGAAAAGACAAUAACAUCGUCACGGUCACCUUCUAUUAGGAAAAGGGACAUCAUGAUGCGUAGAUAUAAUUCCACGUCCGUGUUGCCCUUAGUUACACCAGUCGACAUGAAUAAAAACCAUCUAAUGGACUCUAGAGGCGACUUCUCUGUUCCAACAAAUGGUCAUAAUGAUAACGAGAUUAAGGAGAGUUCUGCAGUAAAUGGGAACCAGUCAAAUAUUCAUCCUGAGAACGACCAGUCUCUACAUCCGUUUGUUCAUAUGGAUAUUGUUGGAGAAAGUUACGAGGCCCGGUAUCCAUGGCAACGUGAUAUUUCAACACAGUGUAACCUGUCUGAAUGUAGACAUAGUAUAAGUAGCGGAAGUGUAAGCAGCGGAAGUGAAUUGAGUAAUUAUACAGCAGCGAAUAAUCAAAAUUGCAGUAACUAUAUUAAUUCAAACUGUAUGGAUAAUAGAAAUGGCAACCCUGCUCGGAGACAGUCAAGUGAUAACAUUCGAAAACGACAUCAUGUCUUCAAAACACGGAGGCCGCGCUCCAUGACAUGCUUGGACUCAAGUAAUAUAUAUAACAGUUCUUCGGAUAUGUACCGUUCGGAUACAAAUUUGAAUUAUAGGCAUGGACGAACAAUGUCGGAAUCAUUCGUGCAAAAUUCUCCCAGCCGGAAGCGGAUGCCACUUUUGCUAGCAGACGAUCCAGGGUCAGUGUCAGAUUUGGAAUCAAUACUAGAAAAUCCAUAUGACGGAAAUCCGGACAGGAAUUAUAGUGUAGGUGGGGAUAGUUUAUCGACAGAACAGCUUAGGCGACUAGAAGAAAUCCGAGGUAGCUCGGCCGAUUUAUCACGUGACAAUUCCGACACAGCUUCGUCAUCGGGCGGACAACUUCGUAACGUUCUACCGUCGCCGAGGGUGUCACCGGAAAUGUGGAGUGAAGUACCGGAAGUAGUUGUAAAUACCGAAAGGGACGACUAUGAUCCUGGAGACAUGCUACGGUCCAUUAACUGGAAUUCGAACUAUCUCUCCGUCCCAAGAAAGCCUCAACGACGUUUGAGUUCCGGAAGUUUACACAGUGGCUCAGACGAAAGUGAUAAUGAAAUUGCCCCACCGGUUGCUAGGAGAGGUCGUAGAGCAGCAAUCGUUGACACAAAGAAUUUUGGUGACGUAUCGCCUACCCAGCUUUCCCCAGAUGUUUCACCAAGUAAUUCAUGUGAUGAAGGCGAAUCUGGCAGUAACAUAGCUGAAAGACUUCGGCGGCGGCGCAGCUCGCAUGACGUAUCAAUGAAUGUGUAUCCUGGCGAUCUUCUAGUUCAGGAGCACCAUAAAAAGCUCAUAAAACGUAACACUAUAUCUGAUUUUUAUGCUGGAAGAAAUGGAUCAACUCCUCCUUUCGGUGAAGAUAACAAAAAACAACGCCAACCUUUUUCAUUACUGAAAUUGAUGAAAACAAGAAGUAAAGAAUCUCUUCAUUUAAGUGAUGUAUUGAAAGAACUAAAAGCCUCCGAAUUUAAAGACAAUCAUCUUGCAGCAUACAAGAGUAUUCAUUGGACAGACCUAAUUGCCAGUACAGAUAAACAAACGUCAAUCACAGAGACACUCAACAUAUCAGAAUUGGAGAGAAAACGGCGUGAAUCCGUCUGGGAAUUAUUUAAAAGUGAAUGUGUGUUUCUCAUCGAUCACUUGAUGGUGCUAAAACAUUGUUUCCUAGAACCCUUGAAGAAAUGUCAAGUGGAAGGAUUUCUGAUGUAUGCUGAACCCUCAGAAAUAUUCAGCAACCUUGAUGAGCUUUGCUAUGUAAGCUAUACAUUUUGUAAAGACUUUAUAUCCUCAUUACUAAAGGAUAUGAGUGCUACGGAUUUUGGUUCUACAGCAGUACUAAUAAAAGCAUUUCAAAGGUUUUCGAAACAUUCCAAGGACGGCAGCGUCUAUCACACAUAUUGUCUCAAUUAUACAAACGCUUUAUCAUACCUAGAGAAGUUGCGGAAAAACGACGAAUUCUGUGAAUUUGAAAAGUGGUGCGAACAAGACCAAAGAUGUAAUCGUUUACAGUUAGCUGAUUUGCUGAUUGGACCAAUGCAGCAUUGUACAAAAUUGCCUUUACUUCUUCACAAUAUACAGAAAUAUACAGAAGAUCCUGUAGAAAAAACUCAAAUUGUGGAAUCUAUCGAAAAAGUCGAAAUGUCAUUACGGCAACUUGAGGAGAAAAUGAAAUGGCUAAAGAAUUUUGAGCGUGUUCAGGAAAUACAGCGCCACCUGAUAUGGCCAUCAAUUACAGAUCUCGACUCUCGAGCUUUCAUCCCAGAGUAUUUGAAACCAAAGUUAUCCAGACAACCAUGUGAACGGCUCUUGGCUUGUCCUUCCAGACAACUUCUCCAUGAAGGUGCAAUUACAUUGACUGAAUCAACAAAGUCAUUUGAUGCUUACAUGUUUUUGUUUGAUGACAUUUUGCUCAUAACUAAAAUAAAGAAACCAAAUAGAAAAAAACAAUCUUCAUCCGACAUCCAUUCAACAACGGGUCAACCGGACAAUCAAAUGUACACAGUUCACAGACAACCAAUAGCACUUGAUCGCCUAGGCGUUCAUGACGUUAUGCCACCGGAAGCUACAGCUAAUGGCUUGAAAAGCGCCUUUGUGAUAGUACAGAUAAGUAGAUUUCAACAAAUUAUAGAUGUAUUUACGUUACAAGCACCCUCUGAUGCUGUCAAGGCAAGCUGGAUAUCGCAAAUUUUAGAAGCAAAGGGUCGUUGUAGAGCAUUAAAUAACAGUAAAGGCAACGCGUCAAAGGAAAAUGAAGAGUCUAGUCCCACCGGUUGUAGCAAAAGGGGGAGACAUGGAAAAUCGCUGUCAAUCGAUGCUGGUUUUCUAUAAUUGAUAAAUGUAUAAAAUUGUGCUUUCAAGUGUAAGAUUGAAUUUUAUAGGUUGUGAUAAACAGAUAAAAUGGAUGUGCUAAGCAUUCCUAUUGCAAACAGGAGUACAAAGUGCUUGUAAAACGUUUUGGCGCCAAAAUGUAGAGAUAUCACAUGUGUUCAUAUUUUUCCAAAGAUUUGAUGUUUAUUUUCAUAACCAAACGGUAGAAAGUCUAUUCAGAAAUUUGAAUAUAAUAUUUACUAAAAAAAGGAUAACAACAGUUGUAAAUAACAACUUGUUAUUAUAGAUUAAUUCAUUAUAUUUAGUUAAUGGAUAUUAACAAAGGGUGUAAUAAAUGGAUUUAUUACAAUAAGUGAAUACAAUACAAUAAGAAAAUGCACAAAAAUGUAAAUAAAUGUUUAUAGACGAAAUAAAAGAAAUGAUACUUGGUGUUUCCUUCCUCAAGUUCAAUAUUUCCACCUGAACAUACGAACAAAAACUAUUGGAUAUUUCGGAUGUUGUCUAUGCUUACGUUCCCAUAUCUGUGAUAAACUGUGUUUUUGAUUAUUUGUUUGUUUAUUGUUCAUUGUUCUAUUUAAAUGUUGCUAUCCUUACUUAUGUGAUGUGCUAAGUGCUAACUAAUAAGAAUUAAAUAUGUUUAGCUAUUAAGUAUAUACAAACGUUUGUAAAAUAUAAGAAAAAUAAUAAAAACGUAUUAUUAUAAAGUUUUUUUUUUUGAGAAAAUAAUGUGAUCUUGUCAACUUGAAAACUAAAAUUAUGUUUAAUAUUACGAAUAUAAAUUUCAUUUAUACAUUUCCAAUACUGUUAUUUGCUUUUCAUACUGAAACAAGCGGCGCAUUCGAUUACUUUAAUCUUUCAUUAUUGUAUAUGUUCAUUUAAAUAAUGCUAUUUAUGUUCAUAUUAUCCCUUUAAAUUCCCUGAACUAUUACACUGAUUGUCCCUCUUCCAAGUAAAAGUAAGGAUACGCAACAUGAUUUGUUGUCAAUUAUACAGUCAUGUGCCUGUGACAUAUAAAUUGUUUGCAUGAAACCACAGGAGCAUUUUUUAUAAUGUCUCUUUCUUACAAUGAUAAAUCCGUUAUUUAUGUUAUCCAUUGAAUGUUCUGUAAAGACGUUAAUUAAAUUGAUAUUUUAUAA